AUGGCCUCGCGAUCUUUCAUGCCUCUUCGGAGGUGUUUGGCCCAGCUCUCCGCGUCGAAUAUUCGUCCGGUCGGUCGUCGGGCGGGUGCUUCUCUGCGUGGCUACGCGACGGAGCAGGGCUCGCGUCAGAAGCAGCAGUUUACCGUCUGGAGGCCUUAUUUGCGACUUGCCGUCGGCAUUCCAUUCAUCGGCGCAAUCAUUUACUCCAUGGCCACCGGCGAAAUCACCGAACUCGACUCCCCUUCGAUUGUUGAGCUGGAUGAGGCCAUCAAAAAGUCCUCCGAUAUUAAUGAGUCCUCGCCCAUGCGCCUGCGAAUGGAGAAACUCAUCAAGGAGCACCAGCAGAAUAUUAUCGAGGAACUGGGCAGGAUAGAUGGGAAGGAGUUCAAGACGGAUACUUGGUCGCGCCCCAAUGGCGGCGGCGGCAUUUCCUGCGUCCUGCAAGACGGAAAUGUUUUUGAGAAGGCUGGUGUCAACGUUUCCGUGGUUUACGGCGAGCUGCCGCGUCCGGCUAUCGAGAAGAUGCGCGCUGAUCACAAGUCCUUCGUGGGCUCCGACGUGGAGUCGCUCAGUUUCUUCGCUGCGGGCCUUUCGCUGGUCCUGCACCCGCACAACCCCAUGGCCCCGACCGUGCACUUGAACUACCGGUACUUCGAAACCUCCGACCCCAAGGAUCCAAUCAACGGCGACAAGAACUGGUGGUUCGGUGGUGGUACCGAUUUAACCCCCACUUAUCUUUUCCCCGAGGAUGCUCAGCACUUCCAUAAGACUAUCAAGGAUACGUGUGAUCGACAUGACGCGACCUACUACCCCAAGUUCAAGGCUUGGUGCGAUAAAUACUUUUACCUGCCUCACCGCGGCGAAUGCCGAGGUGUCGGUGGUAUCUUCUUCGAUGAUCUCGACGCCAGUUUCCUCCAGGCUUCGAGUAGCUCCUCGUCAAAUCCACAGGAGACCCUGUUCUCUUUUGUCUCCGACGGCCUAGCCUCGUUCUUGCCAUCUUAUGUGCCUAUUAUCGAAAAGCGAAAGGAUAUGUCCUAUACCCCCGAACAGAAGCAGUGGCAGCAACUGCGCCGCGGUCGCUAUGUGGAAUUCAACCUCGUUUAUGACCGUGGUACGAGCUUUGGUCUGCGCACCCCCAAUGCUCGCAUUGAAAGUAUUCUCAUGAGCCUUCCCCGCACUGCAAGCUGGGCUUACAUGGAUCCGGUCUCGGGCACGAGAACCGAAAGCAUGCCUGUUGAUGAGGAAGAUCUGACCGAAGAUAAGAAGAGCGAAAAGGAGAUCAUGGAUGUGUUGAAGCACCCGAGACAGUGGGCCUAA